AUGGCCUCAAGACAAUCUAUGCAGCUUUUCCGGGCAGUUCGCAUGUCCCAACCUGCCUUCCGCCAGCCCGUCAACCGACUUUCUGUCUGCCGAUUCUACUCAACAUCUACCGACGAUGCUCCCCCUCCUCUGCUGUCCAAGCUCAAGGCCGAUCUCAAGACUGCCAUGCGCGCCAAGGAUACCCCCCGUCUGACCGUCCUCCGAGCUAUCAUGUCCGCCAACCUCAAUGCCUCCAAGACAUCGACCCCCAUCAAGACCGAUGUUCAGCUCGUCGCAUUGAUCCGCAAGAUCCAGAAGGGCGCUCAAGAUGCUGCCGCCGAGGCCAAGGCCGCCAACCGUGAGGACCUCGUUCAGAAGGAGGAGGAUCAGAUCAAGGUUCUGGACGAGUACAUUUCAAACAGCGGCGUUGAGAGCUUGUCUGAGGCUCAGCUCAAGGCCAUGGUACAGGAUGCCGUUGAGGCUUCCAAGGCUGCUGGUGGUCAGGCUAAGUCCAUCAUGGGAGAUGUCAUGAAGCGUCUGUCUGGUGCUCUCGAGGGCAAGGAUGUGGACAAGAAGGAGCUGUCCAAGAUGGUCAAGGAGCUUAUCGGUUAA